UUAGACCCCACGAGACGGUUAUUUGUAUCCGCUUGUUUAACCAAACAAUUACAGUUUCUUAAAAGGGAAAUUAGGGUUCUCAACCAAUGAACCUGUUUGCGGGAGAAGGAAAGAUCCCUCCCAACUCCUUCUGUAUUAAUAGAAUUGUCAGUCCCGAUUAGAAAUACAAUUAGGAAGAUUACCAAUAGAACUUGCCUUCUGUUGCACCCGUUGUGUUACAACCUCUCGUGAAAUCCCGUGAGAUUAGACCUUUAAUGGCCGACGGUAAUGUCACAGUCCUGCAGUCCACGACUGUAGCCGAGCGUGGUAUCAAGUGUUAUUAGAAGCUCCGUGGUUGUAGCGGGAAGUUGAUUUGAUAAUAGACCUACCACAAUAGGAAAGGAUUGACACUAUUGAUCAGGUUGUGGCAGGCGACUGUACCAGAGUGUUAAAUGCUGAUCGCCAAGGCAGUUGAGUAUAUGUGAGAACUAACUUUGACAUGGAUCAAGUAUCUGUCCACCAGUUUCUGCGGGGGAUGUGGCUAUGAUUGAGUGCAUGUCUCCCUGCGUGGUACAUGUGCGGACUUGUGUGUUAACGUCCUUGUAACCAGCAAUACGCGCUGGCUUAAGGCACGGGUAUGAAAAAUGGACACGUAUGGGCUUUUUACCCUACUUGUAUUCUUGAUAUGCGUACUUGGUUCGGGGACUUGGGGGAGGGUCCGUAUCACCCUCCCCGUCAUCGUGCAUCUGCGAUGGGAUCGGUACCAUUACAGCCGUCAUCUCCCCGGGGGUAGGACUAUGCCAUCGAGGGACACUACCUUGCGACGGUUCUUUUACCUCCAGGGGCAGCUCAUUCUGUUGAAGGAAGGUGACCCUAAGCACAUUCUGGACGCUUUCUGUGACACAAUCUUCCAGCUAGAAGCACCUGUCGUCCUUUACAUCAACAAUCCCUACCACCACAAUGCCAACCCCGCCGCAACGCACUAUUUCCGAAGUAUCACUCAAUAUUUAGGACUUCCGGUCAUAACAUGGGACCCGGAAUACCAUGUUACUUCACAGACCCACACCACGACUCGGAAUCUUGUGAUUUCUCCCACGAUCCAUCACCAGGUCAAGGCGAUGCUCAGUAUGCUCGGCCGCUACAACUGGACAGACAUUGCCAUCGUUACCACCAACGAGACAGGUCAUACUGACUUCAUAUCAGCUGUCAACGACUUAACGAGAGUAUCCAAAUCAGCUGAUCCAUACGAUGACAUCAACCACCCUAAACCCAGAUUUCGCAUUUUGGAGACCUUGAUUUUGCGGAACGUGAGGAACGAGGUGAAAUUCUGUCAGGAAAUGCAACGUCUCAUUGAGGUGGACUCCAGGAUUAUGCUUCUUUACAGCCGCAGGUCGCAAACAUACGUCGUCAUGGAAUGCGCACGCAAACUGAAAAUUACAGGAUCUGAAUAUGUGUGGAUUUUAUCAAUGGAUUCAGUACCCAAAAACAGCAAAACUUGGGUUAAUCCAACAAAACUGCCUUAUGGAUUGUUCGGUGUGUGGUACGACUACGGGAGGAGAGCCAUGACGGAGGCCAUUGACACGAGUGUAGAAAUCUGGAAAAACGCACUCAAGAUGAUAGCACAGGAUACGGAACGGGGUGGCAGCGUUAACCUUCAGACCCCUAACUUCACCUGCAGCAGCAACAACACGGGGUUCUGGACAGGUGGUGCACAUAUGUAUGAAAAACUUCGAAGUGUCUCUAUGAUCAACAAGGGGGGCCAGGAAAUCGACUUUAAUGCAGCCGGACAGUUGAUGCAUCCCAAACUGAAGAUCAUCAAUAUACAACGAAACAGUCUUAAAGGCGGCAAAAACUGGACAGUGGUCGGUCAAUGGACACGAGAAGGCUUAUCCAUGCGUCGUAUCACGUGGCCCGGGGAGGCUCUUGGUCCACCAAAGGGAAAACCAAAACGUCGUUUUCUCAGAAUAGCAACGUUAAGAGAGAACCCGUAUGUUAUCUACCAAGAAAUGCCACAAGGGGGCGUGUGUGGGCCUCAUACCGUCGCCUGUGAGGUAUACCCUCGGGACAAGGAAACAUUCAAACGACUGAGUAACGAGACGGAUACGAAGUGCUGUACUGGAUUAAGCAUAGACCUUCUGUUCGAACUCAGCGCAGAGCUUGAAUUUGACUAUGAGCUGUUUGAAGUUUAUGACGGACAGUGGGGAGCUGAGGUCAACAAGGAGUGGAACGGCUUGGUUCGGGUACUUCUUGACAAGAAGGCGGACAUGGUGAUCACUUCCCUCAAGAUCAACCCUGAGAGGAGUACAGCUGUAGACUUCUCUGUCCCAUUCCUUAAGACUGGGAUCACCAUCAUCGUCUCAAUCCGAGACGGGGCCAUAUCACCAACAGCCUUACUUGAGCCCUACGACUACCCAUCAUGGUGCUUCAUACUGCUGUUCAGUGUCCACGCAACAGGGGCUUCUAUCUUCAUCUUUGAGUGGCUGAGUCCCUAUGGAUUAGACAGGGGCAGCGCACUAUCUAAGGACCACAAGUUCUCCCUGUUCCGUUCCUUGUGGCUGAUAUGGGCAAUGUUGUUCAGUGCAGCCGUUACAACCGACACGCCACGGGGUAUCUCCAGUCGCUUCCUCGGGAACAUGUGGGCUCUCUUUGCUCUUGUGUUCUUGGCCAGCUACACUGCCAACCUCGCAGCCUUCAUGAUCACCAAGAAGGAGUACUACGAUUUGUCUGGUAUCCAGGAUUGGAGGCUCCAAAACCCGAAGGCCAUGAAGCCACCAUUCAAAUUCGGUACCAUUCCUAAUGGCAGCACAGAGACGAACAUCAAGAGCAACGACCCCGAAAUGUACAAGUACAUGAGGCGCUACAACAGGCCAUCCGUGGCAGAGGGCAUCAAGGCAGUCACGCGACAACAGCUCCAUGCCUUCAUCUAUGAUGCGACUGUGUUGGAGUACCUGGCUGGACAGGACAAAAAGUGUAGCCUCAUCACCGUGGGGAAGUGGGGAGCCAUGACAGGGUACGGAGUUGCUUUUCCCAGGGGGUCCCCAUGGAUCGACAAGGUUAAUGGUGUCAUACUUCGACUGACACAGAAAGGAGAGAUGGAGCGACUUCAGAAGUUCUGGUUGUCUGGAGCAUGUCAUAACAAUAAGAAGAAGGAUCCUAAUUCUAACGGCUUUGGUCAGGGGGCCAAGAGUUCUUAUCUGGGCAUCAGAAACUUCACCAGCGCGUUUAUAUUCUUGGCUGGUGGUAUUGCCUUGGGCGUCAUCUUGGUGGUCUUGGAACAUCUAUACUUUCGCUUUGGUCGGAAUAGACUCAAGCAAUGGGACAAACGUGGCUGUUGUGCCCUUGUCAGUUUGAGCAUGGGUCGAUCUCUCACAUUCAAACAGUAUGUGACCAAGGCAAUAGAUGUCCACAAACGGCAUCGCUGCACGGACAGGACUUGCCAGGCCCAGUUUUGGGAGGUUCAACAUGAACUAGAUGCAGCAUUGGGAAAGGUGGACAAACUACAAACACUAAUUACACAUAUAAAACAACAGAAAGAAGAUAGAUGUGUGUGGAGAUUCGAGUCAGAAGGUCAUCCAAACUUAAGUCCAGCUAAGACGACAACUCCACUGAGAGAGAAUGCUGAAGAGAGACAUGUGGAAGGUGCAUGUGAACAGCCAAGACGUCGUCAAGAUGAUGCGGACAAGAAAGGAAGUGAUGUCUCACAGGUUGAGAAGGUCAGGGACGAACUGAUGAAGCUUCUUCAGGAUGAAUGCGAGCGAGAGAGCGUCAUAUGAAUUCUAUUUCGUUGACAUUUUGGUACGGUAGCUAAUAUUUGUGGCUGCCUAUCUUGUCACUUCAACGAAGCUUCAACGAGCAUUCAUCAGUAUUGAUCACAGUUGCAGCCACGCGGGACCUUUAAAUAUUAAAGAACAUACAUCGAUGUGAGAAAGCUCAAAUGACAAUAUGCUGACGUGAAAUGAUUAAAAAACACCGUGUCUUCCAAUCAAUACAUUUGUAUACCUUCCAUCACUACGUGGCUCAUGGUGCACACAUAUAAACCAUUAUGGGAGAGUAUGUCUGUGUGACAGUAACAUGUCGACACUGACACCCUCUGAUAUUUGAACAUAAGACAAUGGCAUCUGGGGUUUAUUUAGGACUUGAGUUCCAUCGCUACUGUUUUCAGUAUUUAACACUGACACGUUUACAGGGACAAUACAAUUACUUUUGGGACAGCCUUGAUGAAGCCAUGUCAACAACGAACACUCUGCUCCAAAUUUCCUUGUCCCCUUUAAUAGAUAACCUGUUUAUUCUUGCCAUGCAAUGGGAACAUAAGAAUAGAUUCGUGCACGAACGCUGUUUUCGAUUGUUUAUAUUUAAACGACGCUUUGUUGACUAACCAACUAUCCGUUUCAAAAGUUGUUUCCCCGUCGCAUUCCCUAGAGAGGCAAAGCGGAGAUUGACGUCAAAUGUCAGUGCACAUUGCUCACACAAACAAGGAGAACAACAGCAAUAGCUCUGAUGUUCCGACAUCAACGGAACCGUUAGAGGUGAUUCUGUAAUGUUUACCCAAACGUAGAUUUAGCGUUGGAUGAUAUAUGUCAUUGCCUUAAUAUUGAAUUCAGAAGAAUGUUUUGAGAUUGUUACUGGAAUGAUUAUGAGGCAUCAUUAAAACACUUGCACAUACCAUCUGUCACGAAAUCAUACAAACAUUCAUACCUUAAGAAAGAUUCAGUUCCAUUUAGCAAUGUUGUAAAAUCGGUAGAAUGAUCGGGCUUCUUAUAGUGUAUAUGUCAAUAGAUGCCAAUACAAUAAUGCUUAUCAGAGCUUCCUAACUGUACAUAGAGCAUUGGCUUCAGGGUAGUAACGUUUUGUCACACUGUUAUGUAUUUUCUUCGAGAGACGUUGGUAGUGGUUGGUUCCCACAGUUUGUAAAUAAAACCAUUUUCCGUUUUCCUGCGUAUGGAUGCAUUCAAAAGUACGUCCCUUCUUGUAUGAGAUAGUACCUUUGGCAAUGAUUGUAAAGGAACGGAUCAUUUUAUCUGCCAGGUAUACAAGUGUGUUCAUGCUUCGUUCAUCUUAACACGUAAACUUGGUGUUAACUGUCGGAAGGGACACAGUCUACAUAAGGGAGAUGGUUUCGGUACAACUAUAGGAUACGUUCUUUACUUUGUUUCCAGAUUGUAACCGGUUAUUCUGUCUUCUUGACAUUUGGUAACCUGUUCCAUUUUGACCCAAUUUAAAAUCUUCUUUAGGGUUAUGGUUACACCUAUUUUACUAUCCUACACUUAGCAUUUUGUAGGAUUUUGGUGGGCUAAAAAACACAUUCUAUAGCUUGCCCUCCCACACGCUGUAUGUUUACAUGUAUACGACUUCUUUACAAGUAUAUCUAUAUACAAUGUAUAGUUUUCAUCACUUGGUAAAAGUAGGAUGAAUACUUUUUGAUAGGUUAUAUCGCGACCGAGAACGUAAAAUUGCCGAUUUCUAACUUAUUCUAUUCUGUUAUAUUCUAUUACCUUUCCCAUUAUUCUGAUUAAUGAAUGUUCUAAAUUUAUUUUUAAUGUUUGAACAUAAAAUCCAUAAGAAAUUAAAGGUUUAGCCGAACAAUUGCCUCAUUACAGCAUUUUCCAUGUAGAUGUGGUAGAUAUUUCAAAACAUUAAUUUGUAAUCUUGUGUAUCAUGUUAUGACAGGAUACAUCUUCAAGGACAAAUGUCUAUGCAUGUAAUUUACAUUUUGUAUAACCUGUUAUAAUUAGGCUACCUGGCGUUUGUUGACCUGGUUUAACGUACCUGACAAUUAGGGGAAACACAGACACGAGCAACGAAACGAUACCACACUGAAUGCGAAUGAGCAGAUGACCUGUGACGUUAAAUGGCAAACUUUUUUUGUCUGCGUUGGUGUCCUGUUUCUUCGGGGAAAAGUGUGUAGUACUAUUGUACCAGGGAACUAUAAACAGUGCUGAUAUCGCAGGUCAUUAGACAAACAGAACAAGUCAGGUAACAUCAUUUACAUUUAAAUUACACAGACAUAUAUAUAAUGCAAAUGUGUUAUGUUAUCUCCUUUUAUGUUAUAUAAUUAAACACAUCCAGGUCAAUAGGAUUUCACUUUUUCUUGGCUAAAGGAAGGUGAACAUUUCGUACUUCUUGACGUUAUCUUGGGAUGGCAUAAGAUUACAGAGAAAAUGAUUAAACAAUGCAUGACGAUCAGACUUUAUUAAUCAGACAUUUAUGUGUCUGUUUCUUUCCUGUGGUUUCUUUCUUUCAUAGUCCACAAUGAGAUGUUCUCUUAUAGCGCUGACAUGCCAUGCAUCGGCCUGACAAAUAUGUUCUUUUUUAUACAGAAGCCAUUCCGUGAAAUAAAAUGUAUUGAAGGUUGUUUGCCGUCCUUUUUGUGAUUAAUAUAUGUGACUUUUGUAUGGGAGAGUACUCAGUGGAACAUAUAUAUAUAUGUGAUUGUCUCCCUUUCACUAACUGGAGACCUGUGGUAUUGUUUCGUGAGUUAAAGCUAUUGAGGAGAGGUAUACAUUAUGGAUUUCAAUGACUGUGUUGGAUUAUCAAAGUUUUCAUUCAUUUACUGUAGCAUGUUAAUCACAUGUAACUAUUUCAAUAUACCGGCAUUAGUAUAUAUUUCUGAGAUUUGCAAGGAAAUAAAUAUGGACGAAUU